ACGUACCUCUCGAUCCGCAUAUUUCUGCUCACUUUUGUUUCCGUGUGUGUGUUUGGUUGCUGAGAAAAUGAAAAGGUGAAAGAAAAAUUAGCUUGUCUCUCAAUCUCUGACCUUUUUCUUUGAUGUUUGAGAUGGGAGGAAUGAAAAAUCAGCUCAUCUUUUUGUCUCAGCCCUCAUCUUUCUGGGUGAACAUCUCAUUCCUUUGCCGACAAAUUGAAGCUGUAACCAUAUCCUGCUCUGCUGUUUUACUGUUCUGGUAAAGGCCCAACUUUAACGGUAACUAUAUUCUCUAGCAUUCUCUUGUUUCUUAAAAAAGACAGGGAAUGCUGAAAGAUGUGCCUGAGAGCCAAGCUGUCUUUCGUUGAGCUUGAUGAGGUUGAAGCUCCAUUUGAGCUGACAUUACUUAUUCUUGAUGAGACUGGACACAUAAUUUCAAGCCCUUUCUGCCUUUCUUCUCAGAUUCCCAUUGUAGCAAAAUAUAUUCAAGGACAAGUUGUGUCGUAUCACGACCUUUGUGAAGAUGGCUAGAAUCUUUGUAGUCAUUUGAUUUCUGAAACGUUUGUGAGUUAAUAGGUAUAGACGUAUAGUGCAUGUGGAUUUGGAUUUGGAUUUGGAUCAGUUGCAAAAAGUAGCAUAUUAUUGUGCAUUAGUGCUGGACAUUUGAGAUGGAAAACAGAGGAAGUGUCUUGAUGCAACGGUAUGAAUUAGGGAGGGUAUUAGGUCAAGGAACCUUCGGCAAGGUUCACUUUGCGAGGAAUCUUGAAACUGGCAUGAGCGUGGCCGUUAAGAUAAUUGACAAAGAGAAGGUUUUUCAGGUGGGUUUGAUUGAGCAGAUCAAGCGGGAGAUUUCUGUGAUGAGGCUUGUCAAACACCCGAAUAUCAUCCAGCUUUAUGAAGUUAUGGCCACCAAAUCCAAAAUCUACUUCGUCAUCGAGUAUGUCAAAGGUGGUGAACUUUUUAACAGGGUGGCAAAAGGAAAGCUCAAGGAGGAUGUUGCAAGGAGGUAUUUCCAACAGCUGAUCAGCGCCGUUGAUUUCUGCCACAGCAGAGGUGUUUAUCACCGGGAUUUGAAACCGGAGAACCUACUUUUGGACGAAAACGGAAACCUUAAGGUCUCAGACUUUGGAUUGAGUGCCCUUGCUGAAACUAAGCGUCAAGAUGGGUUGCUCCACACAACUUGUGGAACGCCCGCCUAUGUGGCACCUGAAGUGAUUAGCAGAAAAGGGUAUGAUGGAUCAAAAGCCGACAUUUGGUCAUGUGGGGUCAUCUUGUAUGUUCUAUUGGCCGGGUAUCUCCCGUUCCACGAUUCAAAUCUCAUUGAGAUGUAUAGGAAGAUUGGAAAGGCAGAAUUCAAAUUUCCUAAUUGGUUUUCCCUGGAAGUACGCAAGUUCAUAUCAAAGAUACUUGACCCAAACCCAAAUACCAGGGUAUCCAUUCACAGGAUCACCGAAAGUUCGUGGUUUCGUAAAGGCUUUGACCUAAAACCCACUAGAACUCAAAUGGAAGAGAGAGAAAUAACUGGUUUAAAUCCUGAUGAAAUUUUUGGUCCUAGUGAGGAUAGCAGCACUGCAGCAGAAUCAAAGCAAGAACAAUUGGCAAGGCCCAGUAACUUGAAUGCCUUUGACAUCAUCUCAUUUUCAGCAGGAUUUGACUUGUCUAGUUUGUUUGAGGACAAUGAGCGGAAGAAAGAAGCACGAUUUACAUCCAAACAGACUGCUAAGACCAUAAUUUCUAGGUUGGAGGACGUAGCUAAGCGAUUGAAGCUGAAAAUAACGAAGAGAGAUGGAGGGGUUUUGAAAUUGGAGGGAGGGAAGGAAGGUAGGAAAGGCGUAUUGUCUAUCGGUGCGGAGAUAUUUGAGGUAACUCCGAUGUUUCAUUUGGUGGAGGUGAAGAAGUCGAGUGGAGAUACGUUGGAGUAUCUGAAGGUGUUGAAGGAGGAGAUAAGGCCGGCACUUAAAGAUAUUGUGUGGACUUGGCAAGGUGAUGGUCAGCUGCGACCACAGCAGCAGCAGCAACAAGAUGGACCUGAGCUUGAGAUUUCUUCUCAAGCGCCCAAGAAAAAUGAAGCUUCUUUUAUUUAGGUUCAAUGUGACUUGUUAAUUGGUACUCUGAUAUUUUUGAUUUACCCAUCUGUUUAUGAGAAAAGAUAAUUGUGUAGCGAAAAACUGCCAUGACCAGUUGGUGCUUAGAGAAGUUGGUGCUUAAUGGUGAUGUUUCUUCCUUAUUUUCAAGCAUA